CAAGACAAAUUUUCCCCCUCGGGGACCAAUAAGUAAAUCCUAAUUCCCAUUGACAAACAGUACAUUUGGUUCAAUGACAGUUCAUGUACCCAUAUCGCUCAUAAAGUAUACUCACGGCUGAUGAAUGAAAUUAAUGGUCAGACUGUUAACCCUGUGGUUUCCCCCAGCCCUCUCCUUUGCCCUCAGGACCCUCUAUAACCCAGAGGCAUGUCCUGAACACUGGGGAGAGGGGGUGCUCUCUACCGCCGCCCUGCUGGGCCUGCCACACCUUUUCCAGAGGUGCCUAACAGAGAUGAUAAAUAAGAUCAGCUCCUCCACUGUGUGUAUCUUUCAUCGCGUGUCCUGCAAGUUUAAGGAGACCAGUCUUCAGAGAGCGUGUGAGCGAUGGUUGGAGCUUUACCUGGUGACUGAGUUGACAUGUUUCAUCUACCUGAGAGACUUACCCUUUGAACUCCUCCACAAGACCCUAAGUUCACCCAGGGUCUUUGCUGCCUGUGAGUACCAGCUCCUGAAGACAGUGCUAUACUGGGUAUUCCUACAGUUCAACCCUGCAGCUCAGAUCCUUCCCUCUCAUCGGUUCAUUAUGACCUUCUUCUCCAGUUGGCCAAGGGCUGGCGUCUUCUUGGAACAGCCUGUGGGACAGAGGUUCACCGUUCUCUUCCGGGCCCUUCGCUUACAUGGCAUCACUCAGCGAGCCCAUCUAGAGGAGAUGCAGCAGAUCCAUGUCUUUCCUCAGUCCUGGCUGCUCCUCAUCUUCUCCAAGCACUACUACACUCUCCACAGUGGAGGAGACAUGCAAGUAACAGAUUUCUCCCAACAAGCAGUGCGCUUCGGCAUGGUCAUUGAGAGGGAGCCUCAAUACUGCACGCGAACCAUUGGACUGUAUGGCUUCUACUUCCUGCUUAAAGCAGCCAGCAUGGGAGAGCUGGACUCACAUGGCUUCUCUCUGCAGAGACUGAGACACUGGGACCCUGCCAUGUCUGUGCGGGCGUGUGAGAGGCAUCCUUUCAGUAUGAUGACAGAGCGGGCCUUGUCCUAUCAGAUCAACGUGCAGGCCCAUGUGCACGGGCAGUGGCAGGAGUUCAACAGUGGUCCCAUCAACCAGGAGUUUGGCCUGACCAAGCGCACCUGCAAGAGCCAGGUGUUUAAAGUGAGGGGCCUCAGCUUGCCCAUCUUUGUGACCUUUGCCCUGGCCUUCGCUGCAGUCUGAUCCCCUGCCAGACAGUCACCAUGGUGCUCAUUAUCACACAUAAACAUCAUACUUCCUGUCUGAUUAAAAGUAUCCAGGAGGACUUGUCUUAGUGAGGUAGCCUUGAUAGCAAAGAAGAAAGCCACUUCAGAGACGAUCUGUUAGGCACGCAGCCUGUUUUAAUCCAAACCAUGCUAAAUGCUCUGCCCGUUGACCAAAUCCGGUAAAAUAGUAGUCUUGGACACUUGCUUCUUCCACUGAGACAGGUAUUGGUCUGUCGAGGUACAAGGGACACAAUUAUAGUAAUAUGAUUCAUGCACUUUCACAUCACUUGGCAGUAUGAGGUUGUGUCCCAAAUAGAACCCUAUUCCCUAUACAGUUUGACCUGGGUCCUAUGGGUCCUGGUCAAAAGUAGUGCACUAUAAAGGGAAUAGGGUGCCACUUGGGAUGCAAGCUAUGCCAGCUGUAAUGUAUCCUAACCACAAGGGGUGUUGCAAACCCUGCCCUGGAAGAGAGCUCUUUGAAGGAAGUUGUUGGCCAGUAGGUUGUCUGGAGGCUUUAUAACUGUUGCUCCUUGUGGUUCAGGUCUCUACUCAACCAGGAAGCAGAGUGAUGAGUCUCUCUGUGUCCGAAAAAUGCUGACUGUCAGUGGGCAACAUUCUGAACAGUGGAGGUACUGUAGGGUCAUGUACAGCUGAGAAAACACACAGGUAGAGUUGCCCAGAAAAGCAGAGGUUUAUUGGCGAACUCUAGUGAAUGAUAAACAUGGUUUGUAUUUACAGUACCAGUCAAAAGUUUGGACACACCUACUCAUUCUUCAAAGUAGCCACCCUUUGCCUUGAUGACAGCUUUGCACACUCUUGGCAUUCUCUCAACCAACUUCAUGAGGUAAUCACCUGGAAUGCAUUUCAAUUAACAGGUGUGCCUUGUUAAAAGUUAAUUUGUGGAAUUUCUUUCCUUAAUGCAUUGUGUUGUGACAAGGUAGGGGUGGAAUACAGACGAUAGCCCUAUUUGGUAAAAUACCAAGUCUAUAUUGUGGCAAGAACAGCUCAAAUAAUCAAAAAUAAAUGACAGUCCAUCAUUACUUUAAGACAUGAAGGUCAGUCAAUCCGGAAAAUUUCAAGAAAUUUUAAAGUUUCUUCAAGUGCAGACGCAAAAACCAUCAAGUGCUAUGAUGAAACUGGCUCUCAUGAGGACCGCCACAGGAAAGGAAGACCCAGAGUUACCUCUGCUGCAGAGGAUAAGUUCAUUAGAGUUAACUGCACCUCAGAAAUUGCAGCCUAAAUAAAUGCUUCACAGAGUUCAAGUAACAGACACAUCUCAACAUCAACUGUUCAGAGGAGACUGUGUGAAUCAGGCUUUCAUAGUCGAAUUGCUGCAAAGAAACCACUACUAAAGGACACCAAUAAUAAGAAGAGACUUGCUUGGGCCAAGAAACAUGAGCAAUGGACGUUAGACCGGUGGAAAUCUGUCCUUUGGUCCGAUGAGUCCAAAUGUGAGAUUUUUGCUUCUAACCGCUGUCUUAAUGAGACGCAGAGUAGGUGAACGGAUGAUCUCUGCAUGUGUGGUUCCCAUCGUAAAACAUGGCAGAGGAGGUGUGGGGGUGCUUUGCUAUUGACUCUGCCAGUGAUUUAUUUAGAAUUCAAGGCACACUUAACCAGCAAGGCUACCACAGCAUUCUGCAGUGAUACGCCAUCCCAUCUGGUUUGCGCUUAGUGGGACUAUCAUUUUUUUUUUCAACUGGACAAUGACUCAACACACUUCCAGGCUGUGUAAGAACUAUUUGACCAAGAAGUAGAGUGACAGAGAGCUGCAUCAGAUGAGCUGGCCUCCACAAUCACCUGACCUCAACCCAAUUAAGAUGGUUUGGGAUGAGUUGGACCAUAGAGUGAAGGAAAAGCAGCCAACAAGUGCUCAGCAUAUGUGGGAACUCCUUCAAGACUGUUGGAAAGGCAUUCUUUGUGAAGCUGGUUGAGAGAAUGCCAAGAGUGUGCAAAGCUUUCAUAAAGCCAGAGGUUGGCUAUUUUGAAGAAUCUCAAAUAUAAAAUAUAUUUUGAUUUGUUUAACACUUUUUUGGUUACUACAUAAUUGCAUCUGUUAUUUCAUAGUUUUUAUGUCUUUGCUAGUGUUCGUUUAAAAAAUAUAUAUUUUUAUUAUUUAACCUGAGUCGGUGUGAGUCGGUGUGUCCAAACUUUUGACUGGUUCUGUAUAUACACCUGGCAGGAGCACAUGCUGUGAUUGGCUGUUUGUAAGAUGUAAAGUUUUACACUGUCAGCAGGUCCUUAGCAGGGCCUGCCAAGACUCCGAUCUCUCAUUUCUGUAUUAGUAUGAGUGAUGCCAGUUCAACUAAAAUGCGACACGUACAUCUCAAUUCCAAAUGCUUGUUUGAUUCAUUUACAAAACGUAAGCAGGAAUGGCAAAUUGCACCAUUCAUAAAACACUUAUUGUUAAGCUGUCCACUGACCUAAACUUUCUAUUGCUCAAAAUAGAGUACAGAAACUCAGGCCCUUCAGCUCGCCAACUCAGGAAAUACAGUAUGUUCCAUGCAUGGAUAUUGUUUUCAAGAGCGCUCCAAUUGGAUGGGGAAAAGGGAAAAGCAUGGUUUCUCUGUAGUUUAUGUUUUUUCACAUGGGCAGACUGCCCUGAAGGAAGCAAGAGUUCAAUCCAGUAGCUCCUAUCGUGGACCAUCCCAUCCCUGGUCCAGCACUGAGUAGUUGUUUCAGACCGGACCAUUGCAUAUUCAGAAGUGGUUACUCUGCUGCUCCAUGCUGCCUAAGGCUGUGCAAAAUUUCCCAACCAACAACUCCACAUGAACAAAUACAAUAGUUUACUAUGGUAUAAAUACUGUGGUAUUACUAUAUUUAUAUACUGUAGUGUUCCCUGUAGUGUUUUUGCAGACAUGACUGUAGUAUGCUGUAGUAUUUACUAUAGUGUUUUUGUUUUAUUAUUUUUGAUAUGGAAAUGGUGUCUUUGUCCUUGAGGAAACCGACCUGACAAAUACAAAAACAGCAAAUUGUCCAUAACCAGUAGGUAGGUCUGGAGUCUAAACAGAGAGUUUAGCACUUCUGGUCCUUUCAAUGAUCUUUAGGAAAAAAAAUAAAAGAUCAGUGUUGUCUAUA